UUCAUCCGGAUCAAUUCCAUGGCAUCACAAUCCAAUUUGACAACGAAUGCUGAAUCUUGUACAACUACAGGCAAUAUCGGAGGACGGCUCACAUGAACACAACGCAUCGUCGGCGGCAGGCGUUCUACUCGCUGCCAUCCGCGCACUGGCAAAUGCUCGCCGAACCGCCAUUCAACCUCCUAGAUAACUUCAGCCGCGUCGACGACGCCAUUGAUGUCAAUGCCGAUAUCGCGGACGCUAUUCUAGCCACCGGACUUGCUUCGUUCGGACUACCGGUCGACCCCUACACGGAAGAUCCCCGGCAAAAUUGGCGAGACAAAGCUACUACAUCGGAUGUCAAUAAAGCCCAUUCAACCAUUCGACAGUUCUAUCGGGAUUGGAGCGCAGAGGGUCACGCGGAGAGGGAGGUCUGCUACGACCCGGUGCUCCAAGACCUGCGGGACGAGUUCGGCGAGAGGCAGGACUCUCACGAGGAACCGAGGGUGCUGGUCCCCGGGGCCGGGCUGGGACGAUUGGUUUUUGAGAUAUGCCGGGCUGGAUACGCGGCCGAGGGCAAUGAGAUCUCAUACCAUCAGUUGCUGGCGAGCAGCUGGAUCCUGAACCAUACUGCAGGCCCCAAGGAGCACGCUCUCUACCCAUUCGCACUCCAUUUCUCGAACCUGAUAUCGCGCGAGCAGCAGCAUCAGAAGGUGAUGAUCCCCGACCGACAUCCAGGCACCGCGAUGCUCGAAGCGCACGACAGCCCCGGGACGCCCUUUGGCACGAUGAGCAUGUCGGCGGCGGACUUCGUGGUGCUGUACAGCAACCCGUCGAACAAGGAGACCUUCGACGCGGUGGCCACGGUCUUCUUCAUCGACACGGCACCCAACCUGAUCCGGUAUAUCGAGAGCAUCCGGCACUGCCUCAAGCCCAACGGCAUCUGGAGCAACGUGGGUCCCCUCCUCUGGCACUUCGAGGAUGGCAGCAACCGCAGCCACCACGACCAACCGGGCGACGAGAGCCACAGCGCGGGCAUCGGCGAGCCUGGAAAUGUGGAGCUCACGGAGAACGAGGUAUUCAGCCUUGUGGAACGGAUGGGGUUCAGCAUCGAGACGCGGCAGGCCGUGGAGGAGCGGCGCAUGUGUGGCUACAUCCAGGACCGGGAGAGCAUGCUUCAGCCACUGUACAAGCCAUCGCACUGGGUGGCUCGCAAGAAGUAAAAAAAUGAAAAUAAAUAUAGAACAAUGCAACCUAAAAGCCGAUAUGCUUC